AUGGAAGAGAUCAGUACCGAAACCCUAUUGAUAAACAGGGAAUUGGAAGGCUUGUACAGGCACACAAGAUUGCGCUCUGUCGGCACUUGGAAUCCGACCACCGAAGCCUCCGGCGAAAUUCAAAAUGGCAAUGGAAACAUGGAAUACAACGCGGCUUCGAAACUUUUCUCGAUAUCCUUCCGCAACAUGUCAUUGAAGAAGAUCAGGCGAGCGGAGAAGAAAGGCACAGAGAGUGUGAUGGACGAAAAAUUUUGUUUAUUGUUUCAAUCAGUCGUGAAAGUCGGGAACCUGAGUUUUGCCGUGAGGACCCAAUCUCUGCCGGUUGUGGUGAUUGUGCACGGGAAUCAGGAGCCCGAUGCGUGGGCCACCGUCACAUGGGAUAACGCCUUCUCUCGAGGGAGGAGGAUUCCUUUCUCGGUUCCUGGGGCGGUCCCCUGGAGGGAUAUGGCCCGGGUGCUUUCAAUGAAGUUCCGCUCUGCAACAGGGAGGGAACUCUCUGAGAGCAAUUUGCUGGCCACGAAAGCUUUCCGGGAUCCGAAUCUUCCUCUGGAUUGUGGCGACCGGAUGAUCUCAUGGGCGCUUUUCUGCAAAGAACUCCUCCCCGACAGAACUUCCAGCUUCUGGGAGUGGUUCCACGCGGUCAUGAAAGUCACCCGGGACCAUCUCCGACCGCUGUGGAACGACGGGACGAUCUUGGGCUUCAUUGGCCGCCGCGAGACUGAAUCGUUGCUGCUGAAGAAGUCCGACGGGACCUCCCUUCUGCGCUUCUCCGACUCAGAAUUGGGCGGAGUGACCAUUGCAUGGAUCUCAGAAUGUGAUGGCCAUAAAGACAUCCUGAUGGUGCAGCCCUUCACGGCCAGAGACUUCCAGAUUCGGAGCCUUGCUGAUCGGAUAUCCGACCUCCCGGAUUUGGUGUAUCUCUAUCCAGACACACCUCGCGACCAAGCCUACAUGAGAUACUACACGCCGAGCAACACGGCCAUCACACCUCAGACCGGCUACGUUAAACCGAGACUUGUGUUCCAAAUCUGUGGGAGCCAGCAGGGUUCACCCCCGCAUUCGAAUCCAUCCACACCGCAAUCUUUCUACGGUCAUUCCGAAACGGGAAUGUAUUCAUCUGGUCACGACGGUAGCUUCUCUGAUCCGAGUAUGCAGGUGUAUGCUCUCAGCAAUGAUGAAACGAUGAAACGACGCCGACAUGAAGACCCACAUCAGCAUUCGUGGCAACAAGGGACCGAGCAAUAA